AUGCAGGUCAGAUUUGACCAGGAAAACAUUAAUGAACAAUGUUGCAAAUUAUAAUAUUUUAAUAAUUAAAAAAAUAUGAUGACUGGUAAUAUAAACCCAGAAUAUCGAUAUAUAAGCAUUAUUGCCAAGACUUGGAAUGAGGUUUAUUUGGCUGAGAAUCUAUUGACCAAACAAAAAUGUUGUAUUAAACAAGUGCUGAUUGACGCGUUAUUGAGAGAGAAGUUUUAAUAAGAGAUUUAGAUCCUGCAAAAAAUAAAAGCUAAUCCGCAUCCAAAUAUAGUAUCCUUCGAGGAAAGCUUCUAUUAUGAGAAGGUGACUACGCAGGAUAAAGUACUGAUUUAUCUCUUAAAUGCAGUCCAUCACCUUCGGCUGUAUUGUCAUGGAAUUGGGCAUCACCAACUUAUAGCAAUACAUCUAAUCCAAAAAGCAAUCGGAUCCGGAGUUCAGAUUUCAGGAGUACGAAGUGGCGGAUUUCUUUGUGACAAUGAUCCGAGCUCAUUCGCAUCUGCAAGAAAUUAAAAUAGCCCACCGAGAUAUCAAGCCUGAGAACAUCAUACUCAUCAAUGACGAGAAUCUGCUGUUUAAGGUUUGCGAUGUAAGACACUUCCCUUUCUACGUAGGUUGGUUUCGGCACUGAAAUCAUCGAUGAGGAGACCAGAUCCAGAACCAUCGGCGGCACAGUCACCUACCAAUCCCCAGAGGUCUACAGAGCCUUUAAGAAGAGAAAGCCUCAGGCCAAAUACAACCCAUACAAAAGUGACGUUUUCUCUCUCGGAUUGGUUUUCCUGUUGUUUGCUACCACUCAGAACAUUACUAAACAUGUAUGCCCAAUAACUUUCGUAUUAGCAAAAAGAAGAACUGUUUGAUGAUGACACAAAACUGUAGACUUACUUGAAGGAACAGCGCAAGAAAGUCAAAGAACUCUAUCCUCGAAUCAAAGGAGUUUCCAAAAUUUUGAAGUUGAUGUUGGAGAUCUCUCCUGAUCAGCGAUUCGACUUCUCGUAACUAAGUCAAAUUAUUGAGGAGAGAUCCUAUUUGGAAGUGAAAUCUGUAACCGAUUAUCAUUUAAAAUAGCCUGCCAAAAUCAACCACAAACAUCUGCAAUCCAUCAAUAAUCUGGAGGAUUUCCAAUUGGACAUUAAGAAUAAGGAGGAUGUGCAAUUGGAUCUCAAUGGGAUGCAAAACAAGUCGCAAGAUGAAUUGCUUAAAUUCUUGGAGACCAUUGCUCAGCAAGUCAAAAAUUUUUAAAUGAUUACAUUACAAAUAAAAUUGGAGAUGAGUUGUUUGAAUGUGAGAACCAUUGCCCCCAUCGAAAAGAUACUGAGCAGGGCUCAAAAAUUGAAGGAGUUAAAAUUACAAUUAUGGAAGUACCGUUUAAACUCUAUAUGCAAUAGCAAUAAAUUGGGGAAUUUGGGGUUGUUGUUCUUAACCAAGGCAAUAAUGAGAAUGAGCGAUUUGAAACGGUUGACCUUGGAAAUAUCGAACAAUCUGCUGUCGGAUGAAGGGAUCAACAAUGCAUUACCGCUUUUGGAAGGCUUGGUGCAGAUGGAGGAAUUGAGAUUGGAUUUCGGAAUGUAUAACUUCUAAUUUAAUCUAGUAAUCAUUUACCAAUGGAGUGUUGCGAGGCAUUCUUUACCGUGAUUUCUGCCAUGCCCAAACUAAAGAAGGUGGAUCUCAACCUGGAAAGCAAUUACAUGAAUUAAGUGCUUUCCAAAUUGUUGAAUCAAUCUUUGAAAAGAUUGCCACUCCUGACUCAGUUGACCAUCAAUUUUUCGAAGUAUGUAUUGUGAAUCUCUACGUAUGCAAGUAAUCCAAUGCACAACGAGGGCUUCUAUGAUCUUGGAGAAAGCAUAUCGGAAUUGGAGAAUUGUGAGUUGGUUCUUUGGGGUUCGUAAAUCAAGGAUUUGGGAGUUGAGGAAUUCGCUAAGGGUUUGUCAAAGUGCGAUAAGUUGAAGCACUUGAAUUUGACUCUGUGGAGCAAUCAAAUUACUAAGAAGGGAUGCGAAUCGCUGGGAUUUGUGUUAUCGAAACUGCAGAAGUUGAGUACUUUAGUAAUUGAUUUAUCCAAAAAUCGAAUAGAGGAUGAUGGAGUAAGGUUUUUGGCUAAGGCUUUUCAUGAGAUGCCGCAACAGUUGCGAGAGUUAAAGUUCUGGAUUGAGAAGUAACGUAUCUUAUGAAAAGCUAGUGUAUCUUGCACUUCUUUCGGAUUGAGAUAUGUCAAUCGUUUUUUGACAACUCAAAGGAAACUCAGGAACAUCAACUUGAAUUUCAGGUCGAAUCAGAUAGGGUUGGAUGGGAUGGAAUUGUUGUACAACGGUUUCGGUUAGGCCACUCAAUUGGAGAUUGUGAACUUGAUUCUUGAUCAGUAAUUGUUUGAUAAACAAUUAGCAAUCCUUUAGGAGAUGAAGGGGUACACACUUUGUUUAAGGGUCUGUGUAAGUUGAAGGAUUUACAGAGAUUGUUCUUGAGUCUAGAAAGUGUCCAGGGCUCUGGGAAUUCGGUGACGGUGAUGCUGUCCUCAAUCAGGUCUUGGCCUGAGUUGAAGGAGCUGCACGUCAACUUCUUAAAGUAAGGGGUUCUUCACUAAACUUAGGAACGAUACUGAUUGGGCUGAUGAUGUCAAUUUGAGGAACCGAUUGUCAGAAAUCUAAUCCACUGCUAAAAUUAAUAUUGAAUUAAAAACUAUAAAUUAAUAAAUAAAGUGAUUGAUGAUCUUG